AUGAGUUCCGCCUCCAGCGAUCCUGGCGAUGGGGACGCGGUGGAGCGGUCCCUGCCGGGGCUGGACGCCGUGAUCCAGAAGCUGGAGGACACUGUCCUGAGUCCCGAGGCCAGCAGGGAAGACCGGGCGCUGACCGUGCGGGGGGCAGCCUGGCCGGCCUCCCCCACCCCGCUGCCUGCCCGCAUCCGUGAGAUCGUGGCCGGCAGCCUGGGCGAGGAGCCACCCCAAGGGGCGCAGGAGCUGGCCGCCCAGGCCGCCAGGCAGGAGGAGAGCGAGCUCCUGCAGCAGCAGCUGGCCCGGCUGCAGGGCCUGCUGGCCCAGGCGGGUGCCGAGCGGGACGAGCUGGCCGGCAGGUACCACGCUGUCCGCGAGCGGCUGCAGGCCCGGCUGGAGACCACGGAGGCGCGGCUGCGGAGGUCGGAGCUGGAGCACAGCGCGGACCUGGAGGGGACCCUGGGCCGCUUGGAGGCCGCGGAGCAGCGGAGCACCAGCCUCGCCCAGGUGAACACGCUGCUCAGGCGGCAGCUGGCGCACAUGAAGAGGGCCAACGACGCGCUGGCCGCGGAGCUGGCCGGGACCACGGGCAGCGUGCUCCGCCUGCGGGCCCAGCUGGAGCUGAGGGAGGCACGGCGCUGGGCCCAGGGACAGCCUCUGCGCCAGAGGGAGCAGCCCCGGGGCCUCCUCCUCCUGUGGAGGCAGGUGACCGCGCUGCGGGCACCCCUGGCCGAGCUGCGAUCCGCCACCGAGAGGGGCCUCGCUGACAUGCGAGCGGACGCAGCCAGGACGGCCCGGCGCCUGCACGCGGCCUGCCUGAACCUGGACUCCAACCUGCGGCUGUCAGCCAGCAGCGCGGCGGGCGCCCUGGAGCGGCGGCUGCGGGACAGGGAGCGGGAGAUGCUGCAGCUGCGGAGCCGCUGGGACGCGGAGAGGGCGGCGCUGCAGGCCAGGCUCUCCGAGCAGACGCUGCUGGUGGGGAAGCUCACGGAGCAAACCUCGAAGAAGGAGAGAACCAUCUCCUCCCUCAGGGCGGACGUCCAGAGACUGGAGUCCGAGCGCGGAGGAGGAGGCCGGCGGGCAGCGGAGGACCUGGAGGGCCAAGUGCAGUCCCUGCGGCGCGUCCUGAGUGCCGUCACGGAGGUGGCCCGGGCGGACUCGGGGUGGCCGGUGCUGGCGCAGAGCGGCGGCGCUGGUGGGGAGGAGGCGCCGGGUCCACUGAGGAGCCCCCUGAGCACCUCGUCCCCUCGCUGGAGCCGGUCCCCGCCCCGGGCCCACUCCCCGGCCGCCCUGGACCCUGCGCUGUGGGCCGUGCAGACAGCCAUCGAGAGGCGGCAGCAGCAGGAGCAGGAGCUGCGCCUGCAGCUGGAGUCCUGCCAGGCGGUGGUGGCCGGGCUCCGGGAGCAGCUGUCGGAGAGGCAGCGGGAGCUGCGGGCAGCGCAGAGGGCCCUGCGGGAGCGCGAGCGGGAGCGCGAGAGCCUCCUGGACGGGCUGGAGGCGCAGCGCCGGGAGGCCCAGCACUGCAGGGCGGCCAGCGAUCGCCUGGGCAGAGAGAAGGCGGCUCUGGAGGUGGAGGUGGCGGAGCUGAGGGGCCGGGCGCACACUUGGGACUCGGACGCGCAGAAGCUGGAGGCAGAGAACGCGGAGCUGCAGAGCCGCCUCCUGCUCUGGGCGCAGCGAAAGGAGGAGCUGGAGGCCAGUCAAGGGCGCCUGGAGCAGCUGGAGGAGAAGGUCUCAGGGCUCGAGAAGGAGCUGGCGUCGGCCCAGGAGGUGCUGACCACCGCCCAGCUGCAGAGGGACGUUCUGGAGAGCGAGAGGGCAGCCCUGCACGGCACCCUGGCCCGGGCCGAGUCCAGCAAUGCUGACCUGGAGCUGCUCGUGACCCGGCUCAAGUCAGAGGGGGCGCAGCAGCGGGACGCCCUGGCCCAGAUGGCCGCCCUGACCGAGGGGCUGGCGCGGGACAAAGGUGCCCUGACCCGCCAGGUCCUGCAGCUGCAGCAGGAGCAGGACCGGCUGAGGCAGGAGCGGGCGGGCACCCAGGAGCGCCUGGCGCAGGCUGAGCAGCAGCUGGAGCAGCUGGAGGGCCAGGUGGGCCAGGUCACAUGUGAGAAACAGGCCCUGGAGGAGCAGCUGGCCCAGAGCCUGCAGGCCCGAGAGGCCCAGAUGGACACGCUGCAGAGGGCCCUGCAGGAGAAGGAGGCUUUGUCUGGGGAGCGGGCCCAGCUGCUGGCCAAGCAGGAGGCCCUGGAGAGGCAGGGCCAGCUCACAGCUGAGGAGGCAGCUGACCUCAGGGCCCGGCGGGACGCGCUGGAGCGCAGCCUCCUGGAGGCCCAGCGGCGGGCAGAGCAGCUGCAGGCGCAGCGGGAGCAGCUGGAGGGAGAGGCCCAGAGCGCCCGGCUCGCCCGGCAGGCCCUGCAAGAGGAGCUGGAGCAGCUGAGAGGCACCUGGGAGGCCCGGGAGACGGAGCUGGCACGGCAGGUGGGGCGGCUGCGGAGCCAGGUGGCGCGGCAGGAGCGAGGAGCGCAGCUGGCCCUGCGGAGCCAGGCGCUGGGCCACCGCGAGGACCUCGCGCGGCUCCGGAGGGAGAAGGAAGCCCUGCGUCUGUCUCUGACAGAGGAGAGGGAGGGAGCGGCUCGCAGGCUGGAGCAGGAGCAGCAGCUGGGGGCAAGGACAGCGGCCGAGAAGGAGGCUCUGGGGGAGCAGCUUCGGGGCCUGGAGCAGGAGUGGGACGAGGCCCUCCUGCAGCUGCAGCAGGAGGUGCAGCAGGUGACGGGGGAUGGCGGGGCAGCGGGGGAGCGGCUCCGCAGGGCGGCACGGGGGCGGGGGCGGGGGCGGGGGUGGCAGGAGGCUGGCGGCCGGCAGGAGCAGGCGGAGGCCACGGUGAGCUCCACGGCCGCGGAGCUGAGGGCCCUGCAGGCGCAGUUCGAGGAGGCCACCUCGGCCCAUCAGGGGGAGACCGCAGCCCUGCUCGGGAGCCUCCGGGAGAUGGCAGCAGAGCGGAGCAUGGCGGGCAGAGAGGCCGAGCGGCUGCGGGCGCAGCUCGGGGAGGCCCGGGAGGAGCUGGCCACGCUGCACAGGGAGCUGCGGGGCAGCGAGGACAGCCGCGAGGGGCUGCGCCGGACGGCCGAGGAGGCCCGCCGGGCGCUGAGCGCCGAGGCCCUGGAGAAGGGCGCCCUGCAGCGGUCCGGCGCCGAGCUGCGGGCUGCGGUGCGCCGGGCGGAGCGGGAGAAGGCCAGGUUUCAGCGGUCCAAGGAGGACAAGGAGCAAGAGGUGCUGGCCUUGGAGGCGGCCCGCGCGGCGGCCCAGAAGGAGGCCAGCGAGCUGCAGGCCCGCCUGCGGGCGGCGGAGCAGGCCGGGGCCGACGCCCGCCGGGAGCUCCAGGAGCUCUGCAGGCAGGUGAGGGCGCUGGAGGCCGAGAACCGGCAGAAGGGCCGGGAGGUGCGCCAGCUGCAGGACCGGUGUGCACAGGACGCUCGGCGGUGGCAGCGGAGCCGGCAGGAGGCCCUGGAGCGGCAGAGGCAGGCAGCCGAGGUGGAGGCUGCCCGGGAGGACGCCCAGGAGGAGGUGCUGCGGCUGCAGCGGAAGCUGGCAGAGGCGGAGGCCCGGGCGCAGCAGGCCAGCAGCGAGGCCGACGGCCUCCGGGCUCGCCUGGACGGGGCCGGCCGCCGGGCCCACAGCCUGGAGCGGGAGCUGGCCGAGGCCGGGCGCGCCAGGCAGGACGCCCAGGCCCGGCUGGACCGGCUGUGGGCCACGCUCCGCCGCGAGCUGGGCCUCCGAGCACAGAGCCCCGAGCGGCCUGGCUCCCCCCGCGAAGGUCAGCGUCCUCGGCAGCUUCGGGGGCUCCUCCCCCGCUGUCCUACAGGCUCCAGCCCCCCCGCCCGGCCCUGCUCACCAGCCCGAUGGCCCCCGCCGGCCCCGGGGCGGCAGAGCCCGGAGGUGGACGUGGCCGCCGUGCGGCAGGCCCUGAGGGAGCUGGUGCGGCGGCGGCGCGACGCCCAGCGGGAGCGGGACACCUGGUGCUCCCAGGUGGCCAGCCUGGGCCGCCGGCUGCGGGAGGAGCAGAGGGAGCGGGCCCGAGCCCAGAGCCAGGUGGAGCGGCUGCACAGGGCGCUGGCCCGGGCAGAGGAAGGCUGGCGCCAGGCAGAGGGGAAGACGGGCGGCACCCGGGCCACGGGGGCCCUGCCGGAGGAGGCGCUGAAGAAGCUGGAGGCAGGGCACCCGGCCUCUUCGUUCUGACCGCUCUCUCCUCGCAGAAGCUCUGCUGUCCGGCUCCGAGGGGAGUUGCCCGAGUUUUGGGACCUGCUGGCCACUGCACGGGCGUGGGGGGCGGGCGGGGCCUCGCCCGCGUCUCCGGCAGCCCCGGGCCCUUUGCACGCACCGCACACCCGGGCGGGCGGGCGGACGUGUGUGUGGCCGACGCUGCAGGGCCCUCCCCUCGCCCUGAGCCCGAGCGAGGUCCGCGCGCGGCCGGUCCUCGGACUGGGCUUCUCCCCGCUGCGCCUACGCCAACGUGUUUGU